CAACUGUGCAGCUUGUCGAAUGCGGCUUGUGCCCCAGUCCAACCCAAACUUGCUGUGAGCAUGGUAAUGCUUGACUGGGCCUCUAUGCUGUUCUUACACAUGGCACCGAACAUACAGGCAUGGACAACAACUGCCGAAAUUAUGCUUCAGCGUGAAAGGCAUCAUUUCGAGACUGCAAGUUCAUUUCGUCAUCGCUUUAGCAACUCCCUUGUGCACUAUCAAUUGCUCAUCAGACUUGUUGAUGCAGAGAUGGAC